AUGGAGCUGCUCCCGGCAACUACCGACCGCUCCAUGGCGGUCGUGUCGCCAAGCUCUGCCAAGAUCCGCAUCGCCAAGAUUGGCGGCCGCUACCUCGUGUUCGACGUCGCCGAUGUCGCGCGUCUGCGCCGCCAGAACGGUAUCUGCUCUGUCCUCGUCGGCAUCACGCCGCAGGCCCCCAACCAGGGCGUCUUCAGUGGCCUGCCGCUCGAACUGGCACCCGACGAAGUCCAGUGGCUCGUCCAGGACCAGCAGACUGCUUAUGUCGCUGACGACUGGGCUGACCACCUCGCCGGCCUGACGAGCCCGGUCGUGCGACAGCGCUACCUUGAGACUGUCGAGAGCCAUCGCUUGAUCGUCCAGGCUGCCGCAGAUGCAGAGGUUGCUGAGCGGCAGAAGCGGUCUGUCGAGGCGCGGGCGAGAGCGGCGUGUGAAAGAAAUGGCGACAGAGCCGGUAAGGAGAAGCAGAGUUCUGCCACGGCAGAACAGGCUGUCGGCAUCCGGAGUAACCCUCUGGUUCGCAUCACGCCGACCGCCUCUCUGGGACUUGUGGGCUGCUGCGAGCCGGACGAGACAAAGCGGCUGUCCAUGCCACGAAUGCCUUUCGAAAUGCCCGCUGCAGCCGCAGCUUCUUCCUCCUAUGCGAUGCGUGCCCAUCUUGCCAACCGUGGCUAUUUUGCCACGCCUGGGCUGCGCUUCGGUGGCGAUCUGAGCAUCUAUCCGGGCGAUCCGUUCCGGUAUCACGCGCACUUUGUGGCCACAACCUACGGCUGGGACGAGCCGAUCGCGCUGCUGGACCUUGUAGGCACCGGACGGCUAGCGACCGGCGUGAAGAAGGGCCUGCUUAUUGGGGGCUGGAAGCCGCCCGGUAGCAGUGUUGAUGGUGAUGAUGACAAUGAUAAUGAAACAGCCUGCAGUGGCGUACGCACUUUCACUCUGGAGUGGGCUGCUAUAUGA